GUGAGAGAAGGACGCAGUGUGGGCGGGUUAAGCAGCGCCGAGAGGGAGGGGACGCCCAGCGUAAUAUCAGCAGCCUUUUCCAUCGUAUCUUUAGCCGAAAAUCAGGACAUCGGUCGCUCCUGAUUAUUUUCCCCCGUCCAUAUCCUGAUUUAUUCGAGGGGCAGUGAUUUUUCAGUAAUCGCAUCACAGAAGACUCGUGGACGUGGUGGUUUGGUGUGAUUUGACCUAGGCGCGGAUAGGCGAGCGGCAGCAGAGAGAGGCGGAUGCUGAGAGGGUAGUGUUGGGUACCACAAGCAUCGCACUCGCCACGAUGGACAGAAUGAAUUUCCUCUCCUUCUUCCUCCUUUGCUUGACUUCAGUUGCCAAUAGCAACAAAGCCAAUAAGCACAAGCCAUGGAUCGAGACGGAGUACCAGGGCAUCGUCAUGGAGAACGACAACACGGUGCUGCUCAGCCCGCCGCUGUUCGCUCUGGACAAGGAUGCACCGCUUCACUACGCUGGGGAGAUCUGCGGGUUCCGGGUGCACAACGGGCCCUCUGGGUCGGGCACGGUCCAGUUUGAGGCGGUUGUGCUGGACCGCUCCACCGGGGAGGGCCUGGUGCGCUCCAAGGAGCCCCUGGACUGUGAGAGCCAGAGGGAGCACAGCUUCACCAUCCAGGCCUACGACUGUGGGGAGGGCCCCGACGGAGCCAACAGCAAGAAGUCCCACAAGGCCACGGUGCACGUGCGCGUCAACGACGUCAACGAGUUCUCCCCCGUGUUCGUGGAGCGGCGCUACGAGGCCUCCGUGCCCGAGGGCCGCCUGUUCGACCGCAUCGUGCGCGUGGAGGCCCUGGACGCCGACUGCUCCCCGCAGUACAGCCAGAUCUGCUUCUACGACAUCAUCACCCCCAACGUGCCCUUCGCCAUCGACAACGACGGCAACAUCAAGAACACAGAGCCGUUGGACUCCAAGCGCCAGCGCGUUUACACCUUCUGGGUGACCGCCUUCGACUGCGGGAAGAACCGCGCGCAGGCCGACGCCCAGGUGGUCAUCACGGUGAAGCCGUCCUGCAAACCGGGCUGGAACGGAUGGACCAAGCGUGUGGAGUACACCCCCGGCUCCGGCAGCGUGCCCCUGUUCCCCAGCCUCCACCUGGAGACAUGCGAGGAGACGGUGUGGAACAUCCAGGCUACCGUAGAGCUGCAGACCGGCCACAUCGGGAAGGGCUGCGACAGAGACAGCUACUCAGACCGCUCCGUGCGCCGCCUCUGUGGUGCCGUCAGGGGUGAGGUGGACCUCCUUCCCCCCCCGUCCCCGGCCGCCAACUGGACCUCGUCCCUGCCCACCCUGCCCUCCUCCGACUCCUCCCUGGUCUUCUCUUUCAACGGCUCCGCCCACAUCGCCGCGGUACCCAACUCGGUGGCGGCGGCCGUGUCCGGAGACCACUUCACCCUGCAGCUGUGGAUGCGGAGGGGCGGGGCCAACGUACAGCCCGCCUCCUCCGCCCCCACCCCCGGUCAGAGCAGGGGCAGCCACAAGGAGGAGGAGACCAUCAUCUGCAGCACCGUCAGGAACGAGGACUCCUUCUCCCACUACUCUCUCUCCGUGCACGGCUGUCGCCUCUCUCUCUUCUACUGGCCCGACGUCUCUGCCACACGCCCCGUCAAGUUCCUGUGGAAACUGGAGCAGGUGUGUGACAGUGAGUGGCAUCACCUGUCUCUCAGCGUCCAGUUCCCUUCCGUCACUCUGUAUGUGGACGGUGUGACCUUUGACCCUGCACUCAUCCAUGACAACGGAGCCAUCCCUAACCCCGCCCCCCGCCAGAGGAUGGUCAUCGGGGCCUGCUGGGCAGAGCCUGAGGAGAAGCAGAAGAUCUCCAACAACACCAUCCCAGAGGGGAAGGACUCGGGGAGGUAUGUGGGCGGUUACCGCGGCCUGUUGUCGGGGGUGACGGUGCGUCCGGGCAGCGUGGAGCCCCACAGCGUGGUGGAGUGCCUGUAUGCCUGCCGGGAGGGGCUGGACUUUGGAGACCUGGAGACGCUGGGCUCCGGCAUGAAGGUCCAUGUGAACCCCAGCCAGUCGGUGCUGGUGCUGGAGGGAGACGACAUCGAGAGCUUUAACCGCGCCGUGCAGCAGGUCACCUACAGAAACUCCCUGCGCUUCGCUACACCGGGAGUAAGGCCCCUCAAACUCACCACCUCCCUCAGGUGCUUCAGCGAGGAGAGCUGUCUGUCCCUGAAGCAGCUGGAGGGCUAUCUGGUGGUCCUGCAGCCGGACGCCCCGCAGAUCUCCCUGUCCGGGGUGGGGCCCCACCUGGCCCGCCCGCCCCCCGAGUUCGAGGGCCCCCGAGGCGUCCCUCUCUUCCCCGAGCUCAGGAUCGUGUGCUCCCUGUCCCACGCAGUCAACACCGCCGCCCAGGUGAUGGAGGGUGGAGCUCUGAUGUCCGAUGCUGUGGCCCACACUCUGGACGGCUGUGAGGUUCAGCCCCUGGGGGAGGAGCUGAACCCAGAGAGGGAGGAGCUGCUGGUGGACAUGGAUGUGCUGCGGGAGAGGGGCCUGGAGAUCAUUAAUACCACAGCUUACAUCGCCAUCACAGGCGCUGAGUCCAUCUCUGUGUACGAGGACGUCCUGCGCUCCGUCCGGUACCGGCUGGCCAAGGGCUCGGCCCGCUUCGAGAGGAGGUUCCGUCUGUCAUGCUCGGAGAUGAACGGACGCUACACCAGCAAUGAGCUGACGCUGGAGGUGAACUUCCUCCACUCUCUGGACAGCCUGUACCAUCCAUCACACCUGCUGGCCUCCCAGCAGCAGUUCCUCCAUCCGUCUCAGCACUCUGGGGAGCUGAGUGGGCACAGCAUGCCAAACCCACACCGCAACUCGGUGGUGCCAGGAGCUGCCACCGUCAUCAUCAUGGUAUGCGUGGGCUUCCUGGUCGUCAUGGUGAUACUUGGAGUGUUCCGAAUCCGCUCCAUCCAUCGCCGUAGCGAGGGGGAAAUAGGCGGAGCUAAGGAGGGCAGCAGCCAAUGGGACGACUCAGCCCUCACCAUUAUCGUCAACCCAAUGGAGUCCUUUGAGUCCCGUAUGGGCAUUGCAGCGGAUACAGAAGGGGAGGGCGAGGAGGAAGAGGAGGAGGAUGAGGAAGAGGAGGAGGCCACAGACUCCCCCGACGAUGCCGCCGGUGACGACCAGCGAAUCAUCGCCAAGAAAGACGGACGGGACGCCAACCCUCGUCGCUACUGAGCCCCCGCCCCCCGCCGCCCCGAUCUGGCGUUCUGUACCUCCCCACCAGUUCUCACAUGAACCACCACAAGCGGCCCAUCGCUGCCACACGCUCAACUCGGUUAAUAUUGACAACGGCUGUCACCUCAUGUUUAAGGAAUGUAUGCUUAUAAACACUACGCACAACACAACUCUGUAGAACUCUAUCCAGACCACACAAAUCGCUAUGUGUGAACUAUUGCAAACGGGGCAGAUGUUCACCACUUAAAUGUUUUAUGGCACAAUGUAUACAAAGUAAAUGUUAUUUACCUGCCUGACCAAAACCCACAGAUAUUGUACGUGGCGCACCAGUUCUACAUCACCAGAUGGUAUUGUGUCUGUAUAGUGUAAUACAGGUUGAAUGAAACUAUUUUGUUUUUAAAGAAAAAAGAUUGUAUAUGUUUUAGUAUUCACACAGAAGGAAUAUCCCUAGAAGAUUAAUAUUGAGGCAAUUCUUAAAUAACUAAAAAAGGACACUCGCCUUUGAAUAUAAUUUGAAUUCUCUGCACUUGCAUAUCAUGACUCUAGAUGUAUUUUGCACAAUACCUCCCCCCCCCCCCCCCCCCCCCCCCUCGGCUAUACAUUCCUAAUCUUCCAAUUAGCCACUGAGUGAUAAGAUCAUGAGCUCAAACAGUUGUGAUCCUGUUGCUCGUGAUGAGGUCAAGGUUCACCUGCUGGUUACUCUUCUGGACUCUUGGGACAGAGUUGAUAGGAUAUGAACCGCCUAGCCUUCCUCUCUCCAACCUUAGGAACCUCCCCUGUAGCAGGGAGCUACGGAGGAGGGGGUAUAACCCGUUGUGAUACGCCUUGUGCUUCUGUUCUUGUCAUCCACUGCAGAUAGGUUAAAGGUGGAAAAUGGUUUGUUGGCGUUCAGGUUGCGAAUGAUAUCUAGACUUGUUGUGACGCUGGUGCAGGUUUGAGUAAGUUCUUGUGUACCCUGACCUCUGACCUCCUCCACCAUGACCCCUGGGGAAUGUGUUUAAACGGCUCGCCCAUCACCUACUGCAAACUGAUCCUCCUAUGACAUCACACACACACACACACACACACACACACACACACACACACACACACACACACACACUUGUGCAUGCGAACACAAACAAACAAACACACACACACACAUGCACACAUGCACACACUUUAAAGCUAGCCCUGCUGUUUUAGAAUGUCACCUCAGCUUGGGCAGUUUUGAUUGUAUUGAUUGUAAUGAAUCUUCUGUACAUACAAUGAUGAAUAUUAUAAUUAUGAUAUGGAUUUAUAUUUAUUGCUGUUGUUCUUAUUAUCCCAGCCACUCGUUGUCUUUUCUGCAAGCUUUGCGCGGGGGCAGACUAGACCUUGCCUUCUUUAAUGGUUUAUAACAAGCAAGAUACUUGGUCCAUCUUUGAUGCAUGCACAGCUUCAGAAAAUCCAGUUGAAGCUGAUGAUAAUAUUGACGGCAGAAAUAAGGAUAAGAAUUCCUGGCUUGAUGAGUGUCUAUAAUAUAAUUUGUGUGUUAUAUUGUUGUAAUUCCCAAAUCUGUCAAUAUCUGAAUCUCAGAAAAAGAAGGGCACAUCGUUGUGAUAGCAAAGUACUUCACUCUCUUUUACUUCUGUCAUGGUCACUCGUCCACACAAUAGGUUUACGUCUCUCUUCCCUUCUCUCUCCUAUCUUUUAUACACUACCCCCCACCCCCCGCUUCCAACUCAUGACAUGAUAUAACUUUGGUUCGAUGAAUGUACAACUGUGCUUUUCCUAUCAUUCCACCUUAUCCCUUAAUUUCCUCUCCUCUUUCUCCUCCUCCUCCUCCUCACAUCCCCUCUGUGUCUCUAGCUGUCUGUCUGUGUAGCAUAUCAGUGUGCAGUGCUAAACCUGUCGGUAAAUGAAGCCUGUCGUUUAUAAGUGUACUGUUAAGAAUGGAUAAACAUUGCAUUAAUAACUUAUAUUAUUACUAUGUUACUAAUGGAACAUCAUUAUUGAUAUAAGAAAACAUGGAUUAUGAUGACUGAUUGUUAUUAGACUGUCAGCAAACAUUACAAAAUUCAUAAUAAAAAUCUAUAUGAAGUCGU